UCUCCGAUGAAUCGGCAUUUUCCUGACACACACGCGCGAUACUGUGUCGCGGAUCUAUAAAGGCCAGACACAUGUGCUCCUAUUCAACAGUAAACGAGAAUAAAAAAGAAGUAUCGUUUUCCUUCCUAGUAGCCAAGCUAAGUGGCAUCCGACGUGACGUUGCAGUAACGUGCGUCGAUUAUUUCUCUUCCAACGUCGGCGACUCGGUAGCUGUAAAGUCAGGACACCGAGCUAUACAAGAAAGUCGCUUUUAAAAUCUUUUUACUGCAUUUCCGAUAAGAAAAAUGUAAAAGUUUCGUUCGUAAAAGCUGCUAAUAAAGAUAGGCAUAACCGUGUAUGUAAACGAGCUUAUCAACGGAUAAGAUUGUAUUGUUUUCUUUGUAAGCUUAUUUAAUCAGUUUUGAAUUUUAAUGGCGAUUUGCAAUAAGAGAAGUAAAAUACUGGGAAAGCUUAAUACAUUAGUCAGUGAUAGCUGUGGCCUGCGUGAGGAAUUGUACGUUUUACCUGUGGAUCCAUCGUAAUAUUAUGUCUUGGUCACCGACUAAUAUAACUAAUGGCUGUUUUUCGAAUCUCUUCGUUACAUCUUGCCAACCUUCUUUUCUGACAUUUUUGACGAUUUUAUCGCAAUAUUUCGGACACUCCUACGAUGCCAGAUUCCAUACUACGAAAAAAAUCGAAGACGAAUAUGAUUUCAUUAUUGUUGGCGCUGGAAGUGCCGGUUGCGUUCUAGCCAAUAGAUUGAGUGAAAUUGAAGGAUGGAAGGUGCUACUCAUUGAAGCUGGCGAUGAACAGCCAUUAGUCUCGGACUUACCGGCGUUCUAUCCGGUUUUGCCUAAAAGCAGCGUAGAUUAUACAUACGGCAUUCAGCGAGAUCCCGCAGAAUGUGAACGUAAUAAUUGUGUCUACAGUCGUGGCAAUGUGAUGGGAGGCAGCAGUUCGAUAAAUCUUUUAAUCUACAAUCGCGGAAAUAGAAGGGAAUUUGAUGAUUGGGAGAAAGAAGGUAAUUCCGGAUGGAGUUGGAAGGACGUGUUGCCAUACUUCAAAAAAUCAGAGGAUUUCAGACAAAAACUUCCGGCUGGUGAUUCGAAAAAUCAUGGCACUGGCGGAUAUUUGGGCAUAGAAUUGUCGAAGAAUAAAUUCAACGAACAAGCUGAUUCCUUCAUUCAAGGUUGGGAGGAAUUAGGCUUGAAAGAAGUGGAUUACAAUUCUGGCGAUCAGAUAGGUACAUCAAGACUGCAGCUUACGAUGAAAAAUGGGAUUCGCCAGAGUACCAAUGCUGCCUUCAUAAGACCGAUUCGGGGUGAAAGGUCAAACUUGACUGUAAGAACUAAUACUAGGGUCACCAGAAUAAUUAUCGAUCCAGAGACAAAAAAAGCUUCGGGCGUGGAGUAUGCAAACUCUGGUACAAAAGUUACCAAAAAAGUCUUCGCUAAGAAGGAAGUCAUAGUUUCCACGGGUGCUAUUGAUUCUCCGAAACUUUUAAUGCUGUCCGGAAUCGGCCCGAAGGAUGAUCUUCGCGAAGCAGGCAUCGAAGUCAUUAAGGAUUCACCCGUGGGUAAGAAUUACCAGGAUCAUGUGGCUGUGUCAGCGUUGUCUUAUAAAUUAAAAAAUACCACAAGGGCCGACUCUAAAAGCUUUCAUAAAAUAUCUGACGGCGUUUUCUAUUAUACGGUAUAUUUUAAAACGCCGCUAGAAACACGCACGGGAAUGCCCGACAUACAAUUAUUUUACUUUGGGAUAUCAAAGGGUAUGGAUCGUUACGGUAAUUACACGUACACUGGAACUCUGGAUGCCAAUAUUGCCGUUUGCUACUUGACGUUGACGUCUCCCAAAAGUCGAGGUUGGAUUAAAUUAAAUAUGUCCGAUCCUACUUGGGGUGAUCCCUUGAUAUAUCCGAAUCUCUUUACGGAUCCUGCAGAUUUGGAGACAGCAGUCGAGGCUAUCAAAUUUGCCGAUAAACUAUCUGAAACUGAAGCCUUUAAAAAAUCAGGCUUAGUUGCAGUUUAUAAUCCAGUUCCUCCCUGUGAAAAGUUCAUAUCUAACAAAGAGGAGUACUUUCGAUGCUUUGCCAACAACUAUCACAACCCUUUUUACCACGCUUCCGGCACCUGUAAAAUGGGACCAAAAACAGAUCCAGAGGCCGUCGUAGAUUCUAGACUACGUGUGUACGGUGUAAAGGGCUUAAGAGUCAUCGACGCAUCGAUAAUGCCCAAUGUCACAAGGGCGAAUACCAAUGCACCCACGAUCAUGAUUGCUGAAAAGGGCAGCGAUAUGAUCAAGGAAGAUUGGUUGUAGAGGCUUGCAAAAAAUUCAGUCGACCAACCACAAGCAUAAUAUAAAUACACAAACUCGAUAAGCUUUACUAUAAUCAACAAGCACUCUCGUAGAAUGUCUGCAAAGCAACCCCGCUGAUCGACUGAUGGUCUAUCUGCUGCCGCUACGAAUUAAGCAAACAGGUUGUGACGAAGAUCGGAUGCGUGCGUCUGAUAAGGUUAACGCCCGAACGAGAGUGUGUAUCUCAUUAAAACUGAAUAGUUUCUUCUAAGUAGUUCGUUGAUGCAUUUCUUAGCAUAGGCACGUAUCGUAUUAGUAUGCGCAAAUUAAGUUUUGGUGAAUUGUUCUGACUCACCCCCACUUUCAACAAGAAAAAGGAUAGAAAAACUGCGACUUACCUAAAACAGAAAGAAAAAUUGUUCGUUAUAGUAAUUGUGUAAAAUUAAAGUUCAUAAAAAUAGUAAUAAAAAUGCAUAUAAUUAUGCUGUAUUAUUUCACAC